GGCCGCGAGGGAGGGAGCGCGAGCGAGGAGGCACGCGCCCGCCCGUCCGCGCCCAGACCGCCGCCGCCGCCGCCGCCUUAGCAGUCAUGGCCGAGCGCCGCGCCUUUGCCCAGAAGAUCAGCAGAACUGUGGCUGCUGAAGUCAGGAAGCAGAUCUCUGGACAAUACAGUGGUUCUCCUCAACUGCUCAAAAACCUCAACAUUGUUGGCAAUAUAUCCCAUCAUACCACAGUGCCCCUUACUGAAGCAGUGGACCCAGUGGAUUUGGAAGAAUACCUCAUUACUCAUCCUUUAGCUGUGGAUUCUGGGCCUUUAAGGGAUUUGAUUGAAUUCCCUCCAGAUGAUAUCGAAGUUGUUUAUAGUCCUAGGGACUGCAGAACCCUGGUGUCAGCUGUACCUGAAGAAAGUGAAAUGGAUCCACAUGUUAGAGAUUGUAUAAGAAGUUAUACAGAGGACUGGGCAGUCGUGAUCAGAAAAUAUCAUAAACUGGGAACAGGAUUUAAUCCUAAUACAUUAGAUAAACAGAAAGAAAGGCAAAAAGGUUUGCCAAAACAGGUCUUUGAAUCCGAUGAAGCUCCAGAUGGCAACAACUACCAGGAUGAGCAAGAUGAUCUUAAAAGACGUUCAAUGUCAAUAGAUGAUACUCCAAGGGGUAGCUGGGCCUGCAGUAUUUUUGACUUGAAAAAUUCACUUCCUGAUGCUUUGCUUCCCAACUUGCUUGAUCGCACUCCCAAUGAAGAAAUAGACCGUCAGAAUGAUGACCAAAGGAAAUCGAACCGCCACAAGGAACUCUUUGCUCUGCACCCAUCACCAGAUGAGGAGGAGCCAAUAGAACGACUUAGUGUUCCUGAUGUGCCCAAAGAGCACUUCGGUCAGAGACUUCUUGUAAAAUGUUUAUCACUCAAGUUUGAAAUUGAAAUUGAACCCAUUUUUGCAAGUUUGGCUUUAUAUGAUGUCAAGGAAAAGAAAAAGAUUUCAGAAAACUUUUAUUUUGACCUUAAUUCUGAGCAGAUGAAGGGAUUAUUACGUCCCCAUGUACCACCUGCUGCCAUUACCACCUUGGCAAGAUCAGCUAUUUUUUCUAUCACUUAUCCUUCACAAGAUGUUUUUCUUGUAAUAAAGCUAGAAAAAGUCCUACAGCAAGGUGACAUCGGAGAGUGUGCAGAACCAUACAUGAUUUUCAAAGAAGCAGAUGCCACAAAGAAUAAGGAAAAAUUGGAGAAGCUGAAAAGUCAAGCCGAUCAGUUUUGUCAAAGACUUGGGAAAUAUCGCAUGCCUUUUGCUUGGACUGCAAUCCAUUUAAUGAAUAUUGUAAGCAGUGCGGGGAGUUUGGAAAGAGAUUCUACAGAGGUGGAAAUAAGCACUGGUGAACGAAAAGGGUCUUGGUCAGAGAGGAGGAAUUCUAGUAUUGUUGGCAGACGUUCCCUCGAAAGGACAACAAGUGGAGAUGAUGCUUGUAACUUGACCAGCUUUCGACCUGCUACUCUCACAGUGACGAAUUUUUUUAAGCAGGAAGGAGACCGCCUAAGUGAUGAAGAUCUGUACAAAUUUCUUGCUGAUAUGAGAAGGCCGUCUUCUGUUUUACGGCGACUAAGACCUAUUACAGCUCAGCUGAAGAUAGACAUUUCUCCUGCACCUGAAAAUCCCCAUUAUUGCCUAACUCCAGAGCUACUUCAAGUGAAGCUUUACCCAGACAGUAGGGUUAGACCUACCAGAGAAAUUUUGGAGUUUCCUGCCAGGGAUGUCUAUGUUCCAAACACUACUUACAGAAAUCUUCUCUACAUAUACCCUCAGAGUCUCAAUUUUGCCAAUCGUCAAGGUUCUGCAAGAAAUAUAACAGUGAAAGUACAGUUCAUGUAUGGGGAGGAUCCAAGCAAUGCCAUGCCGGUAAUCUUUGGUAAAUCUAGCUGUUCAGAAUUUUCAAAGGAAGCCUAUACAGCCGUAGUAUAUCAUAACAGGUCUCCUGAUUUUCAUGAAGAAAUCAAGGUUAAACUCCCUGCUACUUUAACUGACCAUCAUCAUUUGCUUUUUACUUUUUAUCAUGUUAGUUGUCAACAAAAACAAAAUACUCCUCUUGAAACUCCUGUUGGGUAUACAUGGAUACCAAUGCUUCAGAAUGGACGAUUAAAGACUGGGCAGUUUUGCCUACCAGUCUCACUGGAAAAACCACCACAGGCUUAUUCUGUACUGUCUCCUGAGGUUCCUCUACCUGGCAUGAAAUGGGUAGAUAAUCACAAAGGUGUUUUUAAUGUUGAAGUUGUUGCUGUUUCAUCUAUCCAUACACAAGAUCCUUAUCUCGACAAAUUUUUUGCUCUGGUCAAUGCUCUGGAUGAACACAUGUUCCCAGUCCGAAUUGGAGACAUGCGUAUAAUGGAAAAUAACUUAGAAAAUGAAUUGAAGAGCAGUAUUUCAGCGUUGAAUUCAUCUCAGUUAGAACCAGUGGUCCGAUUUCUUCAUCUUCUGCUUGAUAAACUGAUACUUUUAGUUGUUAGACCUCCUGUCAUUGCUGGCCAAAUAGUUAAUCUAGGUCAAGCAUCUUUUGAAGCCAUGGCAUCAAUUAUAAAUCGGCUCCACAAAAACUUGGAAGGAAAUCAUGACCAGCAUGGCAGGAACAGCCUUCUCGCAUCAUACAUCUAUUACGUUUUUCGCCUACCAAAUACUUACCCUAAUUCACCAUCACCAGGUCCUGGGGGUUUGGGAGGAUCAGUGCAUUAUGCCACAAUGGCUAGAUCUGCUGUGAGACCUGCAAGCCUUAAUUUAAAUCGUUCUCGGAGCCUUAGUAAUAGUAACCCAGAUAUAUCUGGGACUCCCACGUCACCAGAUGAUGAAGUACGGUCAAUCAUCGGCAGUAAGGGUUUAGAUCGCUCCAAUUCCUGGGUUAACACUGGUGGUCCAAAAGCUGCCCCAUGGGGAUCCAACCCCAGUCCAAGUGCAGAAUCAACACAGGCUAUGGAUCGAAGUUGUAAUCGUAUGUCUUCGCACACAGAGACGUCAAGUUUCUUACAAACAUUAACGGGACGCUUACCAACUAAAAAGCUUUUUCAUGAGGAGCUGGCUUUGCAGUGGGUUGUCUGCAGUGGCAGCGUUCGGGAAUCGGCUUUGCAACAAGCCUGGUUCUUUUUUGAAUUAAUGGUAAAGAGCAUGGUGCAUCAUUUAUAUUUUAAUGAUAAACUUGAUGCACCAAGGAAAAGUCGUUUUCCAGAACGUUUCAUGGAUGACAUUGCUGCUCUUGUCAGCACAAUUGCUAGUGAUAUAGUUUCACGAUUUCAGAAGGACACAGAAAUGGUUGAGAGACUCAACACAAGCCUUGCAUUCUUUCUCAAUGAUCUGUUGUCUGUUAUGGAUAGAGGAUUUGUCUUUAGCCUUAUUAAGACCUGCUAUAAACAGGUAUCUUCAAAGCUUUAUUCAUUACCAAAUCCAAGUGUGCUGGUGUCCUUGAGACUGGAUUUUCUGCGAAUUGUCUGCAGCCAUGAGCACUACGUUACAUUGAACCUUCCCUGCAGCCUGCUUACUCCACCUGCAUCACCAUCACCUUCUGUUUCUUCUGCAACAUCUCAGAGUUCUGGAUUUUCCACAAACAUACAAGACCAGAAGAUUGCAAAUAUGUUUGAAUUAUCUGUGCCUUUCCGCCAGCAGCAUUAUUUGGCAGGACUUGUGUUAACAGAGCUGGCUGUCAUUUUAGACCCUGAUGCUGAAGGACUGUUUGGAUUGCACAAGAAAGUCAUCAAUAUGGUACACAAUUUACUGUCCAGUCACGACUCAGACCCACGGUACUCUGACCCCCAGACAAAGGCGAGGGUGGCCAUGUUGUAUCUACCUCUGAUUGGCAUUAUCAUGGAAACUGUUCCUCAGCUCUAUGACUUUACAGAAACUCACAAUCAACGAGGAAGACCAAUUUGUAUAGCCCCUGAUGACUAUGAAAGUGAGAGCGGAAGCAUGAUAAGCCAGACUGUUGCCAUGGCAAUUGCAGGAACAUCAGUUCCUCAGCUAACAAGGCCUGGCAGCUUCCUCCUUACAUCAUCGAGUGGCAGGCAACACACUACCUUUUCAGCAGAAUCCAGUCGGAGCCUUUUGAUUUGUCUACUUUGGGUUCUCAAGAAUGCAGAUGAGACGGUUCUACAAAAGUGGUUUACAGAUCUCUCAGUCCUACAGCUAAACCGGCUACUAGAUUUGCUUUAUCUCUGUGUAUCUUGCUUUGAGUACAAAGGAAAGAAAGUGUUUGAAAGAAUGAAUAGUUUGACCUUUAAGAAAUCAAAAGACAUGAGAGCAAAGCUUGAAGAAGCUAUUCUUGGGAGCAUAGGUGCUAGGCAAGAAAUGGUGCGCCGAAGCCGAGGACAGCUUGAGAGAAGCCCAUCUGGAAGUGCCUUUGGAAGUCAAGAAAAUCUGAGGUGGAGAAAGGAUAUGACUCACUGGCGUCAAAACACUGAGAAGCUUGACAAAUCAAGAGCAGAGAUUGAGCAUGAAGCACUGAUUGAUGGAAAUCUGGCUACUGAAGCAAACCUAAUCAUUUUGGAUACAUUAGAGAUUGUUGUCCAGACAGUUUCUGUAACAGAAUCCAAAGAGAGCAUCCUUGGUGGGGUACUGAAAGUCUUACUGCAUAGCAUGGCCUGUAACCAAAGUGCAGUUUAUCUACAACACUGUUUUGCUACACAGAGAGCCCUGGUUUCAAAGUUCCCCGAACUCUUGUUUGAGGAAGAAACGGAGCAGUGUGCGGACCUGUGCCUGCGCCUUCUGCGGCACUGCAGUAGCAGUGUCGGUCCGAUUCGGUCCCAUGCCGGCGCCUCACUGUACCUCCUUAUGAGACAGAACUUCGAGAUUGGGAAUAACUUUGCUAGGGUUAAAAUGCAGGUAACCAUGUCACUGUCAUCCUUGGUGGGCACAUCUCAAAAUUUUAAUGAGGAAUUCUUAAGACGUUCUCUAAAGACUAUAUUGACAUAUGCUGAAGAAGAUCUGGAAUUGAGGGAAACGACAUUUCCUGAUCAGGUUCAAGAUUUGGUUUUCAAUCUCCAUAUGAUCCUUUCUGAUACCGUUAAAAUGAAGGAACACCAGGAGGAUCCUGAAAUGUUGAUUGAUCUAAUGUACAGAAUUGCCAAGGGCUACCAGACCUCUCCAGAUCUGCGACUGACCUGGUUGCAGAACAUGGCGGGCAAACACUCAGAACGAAGCAACCAUGCCGAAGCUGCCCAGUGCCUGGUCCACUCAGCAGCACUUGUCGCUGAAUAUCUGAGCAUGCUGGAGGACCGCAAAUAUCUUCCUGUAGGAUGUGUAACAUUUCAGAAUAUUUCAUCUAAUGUUUUAGAAGAAUCUGCAGUCUCAGAUGAUGUUGUAUCUCCAGAUGAAGAAGGUAUCUGCUCUGGAAAGUACUUUACUGAGUCAGGACUCGUGGGAUUACUGGAACAAGCAGCUGCUUCUUUCUCUAUGGCUGGCAUGUAUGAGGCAGUAAAUGAGGUUUACAAAGUACUUAUUCCUAUUCACGAAGCUAAUCGGGAUGCAAAGAAACUAUCCACAAUUCAUGGUAAACUUCAAGAAGCAUUCAGCAAAAUUGUUCAUCAGGAUGGUAAGCGGAUGUUUGGCACCUAUUUUCGUGUUGGUUUUUAUGGAACCAAGUUCGGGGAUUUGGAUGAACAGGAAUUUGUUUACAAGGAGCCUGCAAUAACCAAACUUGCAGAGAUCUCUCACAGAUUGGAGGGAUUUUAUGGAGAAAGAUUUGGAGAGGAUGUGGUUGAAGUAAUCAAGGACUCUAAUCCUGUAGACAAGUGUAAAUUAGAUCCUAACAAGGCAUAUAUUCAGAUAACCUAUGUGGAGCCGUACUUCGACACAUACGAGAUGAAGGACAGAAUCACCUAUUUUGACAAAAACUAUAAUCUUCGCCGUUUCAUGUACUGUACGCCCUUCACUUUGGACGGCCGUGCCCAUGGGGAACUUCAUGAACAAUUCAAACGGAAGACCAUUCUGACUACUUCUCAUGCCUUUCCUUAUAUUAAGACAAGGGUCAAUGUCACUCACAAAGAGGAGAUCAUCUUAACUCCAAUUGAAGUUGCUAUUGAAGACAUGCAGAAAAAGACCCAGGAGUUGGCAUUUGCAACACAUCAGGAUCCAGCAGACCCCAAAAUGCUUCAGAUGGUUCUCCAGGGGUCUGUAGGCACAACAGUGAAUCAGGGGCCUUUGGAAGUUGCCCAGGUUUUUCUGUCUGAAAUACCCAGUGACCCAAAGCUCUUCAGACAUCAUAAUAAACUACGACUGUGCUUCAAAGAUUUUACUAAAAGGUGUGAGGAUGCCUUAAGAAAAAAUAAGAGCUUAAUUGGGCCAGAUCAAAAGGAAUAUCAAAGGGAACUGGAGAGAAACUAUCAUCGCCUUAAAGAGGCCUUACAGCCUCUGAUAAACAGAAAGAUCCCGCAGUUAUACAAGGCAGUAUUACCUGUCACCUGCCACAGAGAUUCCUUCAGUCGGAUGAGCCUGCGCAAAAUGGAUCUUUAAAAUAAAUGCACUUGUCUUAUUCAUUUGAAGAGAGCCAUGUAUUCAACACUGAGUAUGAAAAGAAGUUAAGAUUCAUUGAAAAACAAGACUUGGGGCUUAAUUCUGGAAAUUCUGGCAUUAAUUUACUACUCAUUGAAGAACGCAGUGGCCAGAACAGUAUCAAAAGUAGAUCACUGAAGUUUGAGAAUCAUGGCCAUGGUUUCUCAUGUUCUGGUAAUAUGCUGUUAUCUUUUUUUAAGACUCAAAAGUAAUGACUCACUAUACAUUUACUAUUAUUUAUACCAUAGCUAAUGUUAAAUUUAUUUACUUUAAGUUUGUAUUUUUUAAUUUAUAUUACCAUUUAUAGAUUCAUUUUGGAACCAUUUUAAAUGUAGUAAUGCUUAUUUUGAAGGUACUAUUAAAUAUGUGAACGUUUACACUAA